CAGAACAAGCGAUGCCAACACAAUUAAUAAUAUUGUUUUACAUUUUAGUAUUUUGUAGUGUGAAUAAACGAAUAUUUUUCGCAAUAAUCGAUAUUAUAUUUUAUUAAUUUCAUUAAAAGAGAUUAAUAAAAUUAUAUUAAUAAUAAUAUUAUUAUUAUUAUUAUAAUAAAAGAUAUAAAUUAUAUAUGCUUAACUUUUUUGAUCGUAGUUGAUUUUAAUCCUUUGUAUUAAAAUUGUAAUUUAUUAAUAUUUAUAAAUAAAAGAACUCAUAUAUUAUCCUUUAAAAGAAAUCAGAUUGGUGGUCCCCCGCAUUUUCCUUUUUAUUUUUCACUCUACCAACUGUCCUUCUCAAAACAAAACAAAAAAAGACAAUGAAUAAAAAAACAAUAUAUAGAAAAUAGACAAUAACAAUUUUUCAAAAACUGAAAAUAUCGUAAAGCAUAAAGAAACCAAAAAGGUUCAAUUUGAAUUUUGGGUGAUAUUCUCUUUAAGCUAAAAAAUAGCAUAUAAUUCUUAUAUGCUUUAAUUUUGAUCUCCAUUUGAUGAGUAGUGCCAUUGUUUGUUUGAUAUCAGAAUGAGAGGAGCAAAGGAUUCGAAUGAAGAAGAAGAUUCCAUUCUUUCUUCAAAGAAGAACUCCAGGAAACCCAAAUGUUCAAAGUUUGCACAACAAGAGCUUCCAGCCUGUAAACCGAUUCUAACUCCAGGAUUGGUGAUUGCAUCAUUCACUAUUGUCGGUGUUGUCUUCCUUCCUCUUGGCCUUGCAUCCUUGUUUGCUUCACAAAGUGUGGUGGAGAUUGUAGAUCGCUAUGACAAAGAAUGCCUUCCUAGUGGUUAUAGCAACAUUCCAAUUAAGUACAUUCAGAGCAGCCAAUUAGACAAAACCUGUAUUAGAACAUUUACUGUUCCAAAGCCAAUGAAAAGUCCUGUCUAUGUAUAUUAUCAGCUUGAUAAUUUCUACCAAAAUCACCGCAGAUAUGUAAGAAGCAGAAGUGACAAACAGUUGAAGAGCAAAGGAAGUGAGGGAGUAGUAAGCACAUGUAAACCUGAAGAGAUGGAGGAUGGAAAGGCAAUAGUUCCCUGUGGCCUUGUUGCUUGGAGUUUGUUUAAUGACACAUAUAAAUUUACAUUGAAAAACAAGGGUUUGGAGGUCAAUAAAAAGGACAUUGCUUGGAAAAGUGACAAGGACCAUAAAUUUGGUUCCGAUGUCUAUCCUAAAAAUUUCCAAACUAGUGGUCUUAUUGGAGGUGGAACCCUGAAUUCCAGUAUUCCUCUAAGUGAACAAGAGGAUCUAAUGGUCUGGAUGCGUACAGCAGCAUUGCCAACUUUCAGAAAACUAUAUGGAAGAAUAGAGACAGACCUUCAAGCCAAUGAUGUAAUUGAAGUACAAAUUCAAAACAACUAUAACUCUUAUGGCUAUGGAGGGAAGAAGAUGUUAGUCCUGUCAACCACCACUUGGAUAGGUGGACGAAAUGAUUUUCUUGGAGUUGCAUAUCUAUUUAUCGGUGGACUGAACUUGCUUUUGGCAAUGAGCUUCAUUUUUAUUUAUGUUUUUAAACCAAGGCCCCUGGGGGAUCCAACCUACUUGUCUUGGAACAAACAUACAAAAAGAAGUACAAAUUAGGCUGGUUUAAUGACAUUUAAGUAUUCCAGUUGUUCUUGCUUUAUCUAUAAAAUUACGGGUGGUUUGCACACAUUUUUCUUAAAGUAUCCAACUUGUUACGUAGAGUAUCUGCAAUUAUCGUUAUUUUUGUAUUGCUUUUGUUAUUUAUUUUAUUGAAAAAUGAUGGUUGCAUCCACUUUGUAUUUUCAAUUACGUUUUCUAUAAAAAAAAGAAGAGGGUUGAUGA